GUAUUAAAUCAUCAGCAGUGUUAAACUGCUCACUUUGCAUAGUUGCAUAGUUGCCAGUGCACGCGCAUGUGUCUUUCUUUUCUUUUCUUUUCUUUUUUUCUCCUCUUAGAAAGACUGCGCCUUUAAGUUGUAGGAUCGUGAUGUUAAAGUGAAUUGCUUGUCCGAGUGGGCGGGAGCGCGCAAACUUCUCCUCCUGCUCUUCAAGCUUUUCGUUUUUUAAUGAUAUUACUCUCGCGCUUGCUCGCGCCGUUGUGUUUUUACUGUGCAGCACUGUCUCGCGCUGACACUUAGGACUUACUGAUAUUUAUAUAUUUUUUUAUUGCUGUUCGUUUCUCUGAGCCUCUUGUUUCUGAAAAGCCCCAUGGCCUCUAACGGGAGCAGGACGGAGGGGCUGGGCACGCGCCUGGCGGAAGAUCAGCUGCGCGUGCUGGAAGAGAAUUUCUCUCGCGGGAGCCGGAACCCGGACGGAGCAACGCUCGCGCUGAUCGCCGCUGAAUGUGGACUCAGUGAGGAGGAGACGCUGAAGUGGUUCAGGAUGCGUAACGCUCAGUGGAGACAAGCAGAAGGACUGCCUCCUCAACCGGGAUCAGUCAAAGACUGAAGACAAACAGGAAUCUCUUUCCACACACACACCGCUCGUCCUCUUUUUCCAUCCAUCCUUCUCGUUCUGUUCAUCCGUCCAGUAUCGGACAGGUCUUCCUGCGUUCUCAUGCUCUUUAUUUUCGCAGUUAAACUAUACGUGUUGGCUGUAUGUGAAGUAAAUGUAUAUUGCACACACUAAUGUCAUGUUUACAUAAUGGAAUAAAGUGUAUAUUUGGUUA